UUCAUUGAUUGUAACUCACCGGUUGUGAUAGACCACCGCAGUGUAUGCCUCUUUUGAAAACUCUCCACAGCUGGAUUUACCAAAGAUUACCUACACAACAAGAAAGCACAACAACUCAUUCCCAGGGAGUGUACAGUACGUGCGCCGCAUCUAAAGUUAAUGAUGCAAUACAAAUGUGGUGUUAUUUAACAGAGAAAAGACAUCGAUAUGGUGAUGAUUACGGGGUAUAAAUUGAAGGUCGCCCGGCUUUGCAUUCUGUCGUGCACACUCCUGGAGAGAGGAAAAGCAAAAGAAGCAAGGGAGAGAACUCAAGUAGAGAUAGUAGAUCAGAUAGUGCCAAAUAGUCAAAAAUGAAGCUUGUCUGCUUGUUCUUCCUGGGGAGCAUGUGCACCAUUAAUGCGGCUCGUCGUGUACAAACAGCCACAGAGCCGCCGUUUCUUCACAAUCCACAGCCGACCGAAGCAAAGUCGAGCUUUGCUAUGCUGGACGACGUGCGGCUGCUGGCUAACGGUCUCCUCCAACUGGGGCAAAGCUUGCGAGAGUUUGUGCACAAGACCAAGGCGCAAAUCAACGACAUCUUUCAAAAGCUGAACAUCUUCGACCGCUCUUUCUACCAGCUCUCCGUCGUGACCAGUGAAAUCAAAGAGGAGGAAGAAGAGCUCAAAAAAACAACCUCGUUCCUCAAGGCCAACAACGACGAAAUUAGGAACAUGUCACUGGAAAUCAACUCCAAGGUCAACAACAUUCUGCAGGAGCGUGUGCAGCUUCAGAGCCAAGUCGGGAAUCUGGAAGAAAAGCUGCAAGGCCUGAGCCAAAGCGUAGUCCCUUUAGAACAGCUCCAAGAGAUCACUGCUCUGAAGGAUGUGAUUGAUACUCAAGAAAAAACCAUCAAAGACCUACUGAAAUCUGUAAAAGAACAGCAUGAACAGCUUAGCUCACAACAAAACAAAAUCAAAAGCCUGGAGGAGAAGAUCAAUUACGACUUGCUACAAGACACCACUGAAAAAAUUGCAGAUUCCUUCCAAGAGGUUCCAAACCUUCUCAAAUAUCUGACAAGUAACUCAACAAACACAAGUACCAACACGAAUGAUCUUCCCGCAGACUGCAGUGAAGUGUUCCAUACAGGCCAGAGAAAGAGUGGAGUUUACCCAAUCAAACCCAAUGAGUCCGAGCCAUUCGAUGUGUACUGCGAGAUCAGCUCGGGAAGAGCAGCCACGGUUAUUCAACGGCGAGUGGAUGGUGCAGUAGACUUUGAUCAGACUUGGGACAAAUAUGAGCUUGGUUUUGGAAAUCUGGAGAAUGAAUUUUGGCUUGGCUUGGCAAAGAUCUACUCCAUUGCCAGACAGGGAGAAUACAUUCUCAGCAUUGAGCUGGAGGACUGGAAGGAUGAGAGAAGAUUCAUUGAGUACAUGUUCACUCUGGAAGGUCCUGCAUCUCAUUACACUAUCCAUCUGACGCAUCUGUCUGGGAACCUGCCUGAUGCCAUGAGCAACCACACUGGCAUGAUGUUCUCAACCAAAGAUAAAGACAACGAUAAUCUUGAGGAGUUUAGCUGUGCUCGCAACUACUCAGGUGGUUGGUGGUUUGACGCAUGCGGUGGCACCAAUCUAAACGGCCGCUACACCUGGAUGCGGACAAAGAGCCGUACUCUGCGCAGAAAAGGGAUCUACUGGAGACCUGGCAAGGGAAGCAAUUACACCAUCAAAUCCACAAAGAUCUCCAUUAGGCCUUCAUCCCAGUUCCAGUGAACCUGACUAAUUUAAGGCGACCCUCAACCAACCAAAAUGAUCACAUAAGCAACAAUGACUUUGGCCGACACAAGCUACGCCUUUCUCCUACACUUUGUCCAAAGGUGCUGGAGCAUGUCGUUCAAGCAUGGUGCAAUGUACAGAUAUUGCAUGUGUAGUUUUGCUACAGCUUUUUACUUUUUAAAUUAUUUAGAAAAUUGCUUGUGGAGAAUUUAAACAGAGCUGAAUAUACUUUAGGAAAAUGAACACAUUUUACGCUUAUCGUGCCAAAUUUUGUAACCUAUCUUUGCAACUCUAUAUAACACCCGCACAAUCAAACUAGUUUCACAAAGCAUCCGUGUUAAAUAAUUCACGUUCUCGUUUUUAUACUCCAUUUUAACUUAAUACCAUAUUUAAGCCAUGUUUAUGUUUUGUGCUAGUCAAGAAACAUGGUGCUCUUUUUACGUUACUGAGUCAUAUUGACUCCUGGUUACAUAAUGUACACAACUGUACAGUAAAUGUUUGUUUACAGAUUUGUCCUGAAAAACAGUAAGGUGCACAAUUUUCAUAACGAAAUAAAUGAAUCCACACCAAAAAUUUUGUCUUGAAGUGUUGAAACUGAAGCUGUUUAAGGACUAAUUACAGGACUUCAUGAAUGUUCCACAGCCGUAAAUGUGUAAUAAUAAAUGGAUGUAAAGGUG